CGCGCUCGCUCGUCCACCGCCGACGAGCUCGAACGCGCACCGAAUACCCGAUACGCCACCGCGUUCGAACGCCGCGACUCCCGCGCAUCGCGCUCGAGCCGUCCCGCCGCGUCGAUCCCGGGGCGAGAUAAGUUUUCAUUCAUUAACCGUCGUCGUCUGAGAUCUGACUCACCGACGCGAUGACGACGGCUCUCGCGACGGUCGCGUCGCGCCCCGUCGCGUUCACCGUGACGUGCGAUUCCUCGCGCACGAGCUCCAACCGCGUCUCGUCCCCGCGCGCGCCGACGUCGAAGACCGCCGGCGCGAUCCCGUCGAUACGCCCCGCGCGACUGACGCCGACGCCGCGGUCGGUUCCGACGCCGUCGCGCGCGGCGGCCGAGGAGGAGAAGGACGCGGACGCGUCCAUCGAGCCGUGCCUCGUCGGCUGGAGCGAGACGGACGAGAACGGCGUCGAGGCGUACUGCUGCGAGCAGCCGGGCGGCGGGAUGGAGUGCCGGACCGUGAGCAACGAGCACACGGAGUGCGAGCUCGUCACGAACGAGGACGGAGAGCUCGUCGUGAACUGCAGCGUCGACGACGAGGAGGAGGAUAAAGCCGCGAAGGCGAGGGAGGACGACAAGGCUGCGAAAGCCGCGGCGCUGAGGCACCUUUGAACGAGCGACGACGAGUCCAGGGGAGGGGGGGGGGGAUGUGGGUAUUGAUUCGAUUUGAUUUGGGAGGGGUGGGACGCGAAGAAGACGGGACGACGACGACUGAGCCGUCGACGCCGCGCCGCGGAAACGCUGUAUUUUUUUUGUCGGGUACUUACGUGAGUUGGCGGAGAGAGAUCGACGAGGGACGAAAAGAGAGGGACGGGGAGAAGAGUCAAUUUUGCUUCAAGUUUUACAGUGCAUGUCGAAACGAAACUAAGAAGAAAGAAUC